GGGAAACCAUCCGGUCAGCUGAUUGCUCAUCAGUCUAAAAAGUGAAGGAAUCGGAGCGUUCUGCUGACUCUUGUCUCUGGGCAGCAUCAAGUCAACAUCACUGGAAGAACUCUACAGUUGAGAGAAAAUGGAGGAGUUUUCUUACGAGGAUUACAGCAACUACACCUAUGUGGAAAACUUCACCCCACACGAAGAGCCUGUUUUUCUCCACAAAUCCACCUGUACCAGCGACGCCCUUUGCGUGUCUCUGCUAGUGGUCACCGCCGUCAUUUUCGUAUUGGGCUACUGCGGGAAUGCCGUGGUCAUUUGGAUCUCCGGCUUCAAGAUGAAGAAGACGGUCAACACCACGUGGUACCUGAGCCUGGCCAUCUCCGACUUUGUCUUCUGCACCUUCCUGCCCUUCAUCAUCACUAACAUGGCCAUGGAGAGGUGGAUCUUUGGACUCUUCCUAUGCAAGUUUGCCUCGUCCGUGUUGUUCCUUAACAUGUUCAGCAGCAUCUUCCUCCUAGUCAUCAUCAGCGCCGACCGCUGCGUGUCUGUCAUAUUUCCCGUCUGGGCUCAGAAUCACCGCACGGUACAAAAAGCAUCAGUUGUGGUGAUCCUGGCCUGGGUUCUCGCCAUUGCGCUGAGUCUUCCCUCCGCUGUCUUCCGGGAAGUUCAGAAUCAGAUGGGCAGGAGCAUCUGCUACAACAACUACACACUAUAUCAACACAGUCACAAAAUAAUUGUAGCUAGCCGCUUCCUGGCAGGCUUUGUGGUGCCUUUUUUUGUCAUCAGUAUCUGCUACUUGGUCAUCAUCGUCAAGCUUCGCAACAACAGAAUGACCAAAUCCUCCAAACCCUUCAAAGUCAUGACCGCGCUCAUCGCUACUUUCUUCAUCUGUUGGCUGCCGUACCACGUCUUUAUUCUUCUCGAGAUAAACCACCAAAUCUACAACCAUAGCCUCUUAACCACUGGACUACAAGUGGGAACAUGUCUGGCGGCGGCCAACAGUUUCCUCAACCCGGUACUCUAUGUGUUCAUGGGUAAUGACUUCCAGCAGAGGUUUAAAAGCUCCUUGUUGUCAAAGAUGGAGAACGCCAUGGGAGACGAAGGCCGUACCACUAGCCGGUAUUUGUCCAGGUCCAGCUCCGCAGACAAUGGCAGGGCAUCCACACACAUCUAAAAAAAACCUCUCGACAGUGGUAAUUGCUCUAAGACUGCAAGGGAAGCUCAGCUCAGUGGUCAGUACGUACUUUUGUGUUUACAUUUAAUUAAAUAUGCUGUUCAACUUUUGUUGAGAAUUGGCUACUUUCCGACCUUCUUCUCAUUCAAUGUGAUAGCGUCACAGUGCUAAACAGUGUUAAAAGCUUAACGUCCAUUGACUUCAAUGGGGGAGCAUAGAGUGGGUUGUUCCGCUGCAACCAAAUUAGACAGCCAUUGGAUAAAUGCUCAGCUUUGUCCCGCCCAUCAGACACCGAGGGUCUCUGAGGCUGGUGUGGAUGCUGGGCUUCAGAAUUAUGAUCGGAUGAUCUGUUAGAGGCUGAAUCCCUUUUUGAUAGUCAGAAAAAUUACUGAACCAGCGGUCCUGAAGUAUAAACAACUUUCAUUCUGUUGUUCCAAGUUCAUAUGGAGAAUUUUUCAAAUCCUCAAAGUGGCGUUUUCUUAGUCAAAUCUAGCAUCUUUAUAUAUUUUAUCUGUUAUUGGAGACUGUUCUCGUGUUUAGAGAGAAUAAGAAUGAGCUUCCCCUACUUGAAAGAGCAGCCGCCUCCGCUGUAUCUCACCUCGUUUGUGUUGUCCAAAACUGAAACAGCAACACUCUAUAGAAAGGAAGCUGCAGGCAAUUUCAGCGUAAAUAUGUGCGCAAGCUCGUUCACUUCACGCUGUAUUUCAUUGGGGGAUGACCUCAGCAAAGGCCUCCACACUUCAGGCGUGUGACAAAUAAAUAAUGAAAAUGCAAAUUACUCGCAUAUUUCACAUCCAACACAAUUCACACUGGCGGCAAUGGCAUUCAUGAGCGUCUGAGCCCAUAUUCCGCACAGUUGCGUGAGCAAAUAAAAAAUUCAUCGUUCCUCAAAACAAAACAAAAAGAAUAUGUCACGUCCAUGCUCAGUGUGAAAGUGUGUGUAAAAAAAUGUGUUGUCUUAUUACUAGUUAAAGCACAGAGAUGACAUAGAUGUACAUACAUGCAUUUUUUGGGGGGAGACAUAGUAUAUAUUGUAUUAUUGUAAACAUGUAAACAAAACAUUUAACAAUGUUUAUCCUCUCUGAUGAAAAAAAUAUACCACCUGUGGUCUUUUUAAAAAUAUACAUGCCACAGGUAUAUAAUAGUGUUAGCAAAUUGUUAUCACUUUUGAAUUGUGAUUAAACAUGAUUACAUUACUUAAGUAUACAAUCUAAAUAAACUUGAAAAUAUCCCCCAACAUUUUGACACAAAUUAAUCGAUUAAUAAUCGGAUAAAAGAGACAAACUACAUUUCUAUCCUUUCCAGUAUUUUAUUGAACAAAAACCAGCAUACUGGUACCAUACUUAUUUUGAUUAUUGUUUCUCAGCUGUUUGUAAAUGUUGCAGUUUAUAAAUAAAGGUUUAUAAAAAGAAUAAAAUUAAAAAAAAGUAGCCUCUGCGCAUGCCCAUAGCAUAGAUCCAACGAAUCGAUGACUAAAUUAAUCGCCAACUAUUUUUUAUAAUCGAUUAGUUAUUACAGCCCUAAUAUACAUACACACA